AUGUCCCUUCAACUUGAAGAACCUAGUGUUAUUUUGCAACAGCUUGAAAAGCUUCACAUUUCAAAUAAUGGUAGUUACGAACAUGAUGUUGAAAAUGAUGUACGAGGAUGUGAAGAAGUAGAAAUUACUCAUGUGAAAGAUCAUAACCUUACUUUGGAGGUCGGUGAUAGUAAUACAUUCAAAGAAAAAGGGUGGGAUGAUUGCUAUUCUGAAGAUGGAGUACAAUCAAUAAUUACUAACAACAACGACAAGGACGUUUCUUCUGUUGACGGAUCUGAUAUUAGUCUUCCUAAACAUCGGAAAUAUUAUCCAUGUGAUGAUGAAAGGACUGAUUCUGAAUCUUUUAGUAAUGAAGAUGAGACAAUUUCGGAAGACACCAACUUUCACCUUACUUCUUCACGAAGAUUUACGUCGUCAUCUAACGCAUAUCCCCCUUAUGAACAAAUAACGCCAACUAAAAUUUCCAAUUCUCCCUUUCAAGUCAAUGCUCCCUUGGAAGUCUCCCCAAUGUCCCUUGGGAACGGUUCUUCUCAAGAUGAUAUCGAUGUAGCGAGAAUUGUUAAUCCUAUUGUAAGAAGUAUCGCUGAUUUGAAAUCAGAAUUCCACACACAAUUUGCCAAACUUCAUUAUUGUGUGGAACCUAAUCUCAAUGUUGCCGAUGACCGGCAAUAUACCGAAUUUGAGAAUUCCCAGGAUCAAUGUCGAUAUGAUGCAGUUAUUACGGCUAGCAAGCUCCUUGACGUUAUUAUCCCGCUGCAACUACCCGAGGAAGCUAAAAAAUGUCUUGUUCAAGCUCGUAACAUAAUUUUGGAAAAAAUUUUGCUUUAUCGUGUUUCCUCGCCCUCUACUCAGGCUGCUGAUGAUGCUGAUCCUGCUACUGUUGACUCCAUUCCGGAAGGUGUAAAAACCUUUCCAGAAUUUACUUUUUUGGGUACUACCAACGAUGAUUCAUCUGAAGAAAAUGGAUUGUCUGUUCAAAGGAGGAACAAUAGAGAUUGUUUUCAUCAGAUUUCUACUAAUUCUGAUGAGCUAUUUUCAACAGCUGUUGAUGACGUAUUAAAUAAUGAAAGUGACAGAAAUACUGACGCCAUUACCUCUACAAAUCGGUGUGAUUCGACUAUAGGUAAAAAACCAAGUUAUCGUCCGACUCGUGGCGUUGCUACGUACCCUUCUCCAAACAGUGUGCGUCGUAAUCGAAAUUAUGGGAGACCCUCGACGAUAGAAGCUUCUACGUCAAUAAAAAAAUCUCCAACUCGUACGCAUCAUGCACGUUCUUCACGUACAAUUUCCUCCGUGUCUGGUUCGGCUUCAAAUAUUCAACCAAAUAAUAGACGAUUUGUUGGGUUCCUGCCUUCAAGGUGCUUUACUUGUGGUGGUAUUGGUCAUUUCGCCAACAACUGUGCUAGUAAAGGAUCCUAUUUAACUACAAGUACUAUUAAAGGUCAACAACCUUCUCGUCGCCGCCGUUCUUAUGGUACAAGUCACAGAAGACCCACGAAAUCGAUGGUGAAUGAUGUCACUUCUAAUGAAUGA